AUGACCACCUCCGCCUGCUACGCACCAAGCAACAACCGCCCAUCUACGCCUGCUGCGCCGAACCAGCGCCAUCUGCACCCACUACGCAACCGCCAGCACGCCUCUGCGCCUACUACGCACACCAACAGCAAGCACCCUCUCACCCAGCAGCAACGCCCUCUGCACGCCUGCUACGCACCAGCAACGCCCACUCUGCACGCCUGCACCAGCAACAGCGCCCUCUGCCUGCCACGCACGCAAGCAACGGCACCCUCUGCGCCUACUGCACGCACCAGCAACCAGCGCCGCUCUGCACCUGCACGCACGCCAGCAAAGCACCAUGCCUCUGCGCACUUACGCCUGCGCCACUACGCGCCAGCAACCGACGCCUCUGCGCCCGCUGCGCACGCAGGCUACGACGCCCGCUCUGCGCCCGCUGCGCACACCAGCAAUGUGACGCCACUCUGCGCCCGCUGCGCACGCCGACAAUGCGCCUCUCUUGACGACGCCCCCUGCGCCGCUCUGCGCACGCCAGUAGCAACGCCAUCUGCGCCACUGCGCACGCCAGUAAAACAGCCGCCACUCUGCACCCUGCACACCAGGCAACCAGCGCCCUCUGCGCCACUGCACGCCACCUGCCCGCUUCCACUCCUGCACCGCGCAUUUCCUGCCGCCACUCUGCGCCUGCUGCACGCCGCCAUUGACGCCGCUCUGCACCCACUGCGCACCAACAACAGCGCCGUCUGCGCCACUACGCACUGGCAACCGCCCAUCUUCACCCACUACGCACCAAGCAACCAGCCGCCACUCUGCACCUGCUGCGCAAACGCAACGCCUCUGCACCCACUUCACUGGCUGACCAGCGCCCUCUGCGCCUUCACCACGCCAGCAAGCAGCGCCUCUGCGCCCUACGCGCACUACCAGCAGCGCCACUCUGCCACGCCUCACGCACGCCAGCAAUCGGCGCCCUCUGCGCCUGCUGCGCACGCCAGCAACCAGCGCCACUUCACGCCUGCUCCGCACGCACGCCAGCAGAGCGCCAUCUGCGCCCGCUGCGCACGCCGGCAACAGCGCAGCUCUCACGCCUCACUGCGCGCAGCGACGAGCCCAUCUUGCAUAUCUGCGCGCACCAGGCAAUGA